CUCUCCAGAUCCUGGUUCGAUUUCACUGGUCUGCCAGGAGAUACACGCACAAGCGACAGGUGGAUUAGUGCUAUGCAGUAACCCUGACGACGUCGCUUCGUUUCAGAAGGAAGUGUCACAGAGCUAUAAGACUGGCGUAUACAAGGAUUGCGAGUUCAGGCUGAUGCGAUACGACGGCAUGUACCGCUGGCAUCUUUCGCGUGCCGUCCCAGUGCUCAACCAUAGCGGAGCUAUCUUGAAAUGGGUUGGUGUCACUAUCGAUAUUGAUGAUCUCUAUCUCGCUCAAAAAGCCGAGCUGCACAAGAAAUCCAACUUCCUGGCCAACAUGAGCCACGAACUGAGAACACCUUUCUCUGGAUUCCACGGAAUGUUAACUUUGCUGGGGUAUUCCAACCUGGAUGAAGAACAACAGGAGUGUGUUGGCACAGCCAAGGCUAGCUGCGAGAAACUGUUACUUAUUAUUGAUGAUCUCUUGGAUUUCUCGAAGCUGGAGGCCGACAAAGUGGUACUAGAAUCAUCACCAUUCGAUCUGGAGGAAGUCUUUGAGGAGGUAGAGGAUAUUGUGGAACCAUUAGCAUCUCAGAAAUCGCUUGAGCUCGCAUUUAUCAAAGCCGAUAAUGUGCCCGAGGUCUUGGUCGGAGAUUGUAACCGACUGAAGCAGAUCCUCUUGAAUCUUGUGGGCAAUGCUAUCAAGUUUACGCACUCUGGACAUGUCAUUGUGCGAUGUAAGGUUCUGGAGAGUGACUCGGAGAUGUCAGAUGUUGCAGAGGGCUCAUCCAUGGCGGAGGUACUCGACGACGACAAGUUCUAUUUUAAGCACGAGAAGAAUGGUGGUGGUCAGUGUCAAUCGGAGCUCCGUCCUCCCAAUUCCGGUCGCUUCUCAUCUCCAGAGCCAUUGAGUGAGCACUCGAUCAAACUGAUGUUCUCGGUUGAGGAUACAGGUAUCGGAAUCAGCUCAGAGGAGCAGGAGGUUUUGUUCUCGCCAUUCUCACAGGUCGACGGCAGCGCUACGAGAUCUUAUGGAGGAUCAGGAUUGGGUCUCUCUAUCUGUCUCCAGCUAGUCAAGCUGAUGAAGGGUCGCAUCGGUCUAAAGUCUGAGCGCGAAAAGGGUUCCACUUUCUGGUUUAUGAUUCAAUGCGAACAGAGCACUGCCGUGGAGGGCUCCACCAAGCUUGUACAGGAGGCGGAGGUUGGAGAUUCGACUAAGGAAAUCAAACGCAUUACAAGGACACUUGGGACACCCCGUAUCUUGAUCGCUUCUACCAGCCAAACGACCAUUAGCACCCUUCAGAACUAUCUCUCGGAUUUCAACACGGAGGUCGCAGAUGCACCUUCGACAGCCGCAUGUCGACUGGAGGAAUCCGUUGCCAAUGGAAUACGAUUCGACUUUGUCUGCUGGGACUUUCCCAAAGCAGAUCCGAACCACACCGUGAUGCUGGAUCUGAAGGCGAGGCCCGAUCUCAACAAUGUGCACUUUGUUCUGUUGUACACGCCGAAUACCGAAAUUAUUCGACGUGCUCAGUCCCUCCAGCUACCACCUACGAGCUCCUCGUCCAACUCCCUUGGAGGCGGAAGGAAAAGACCGACUCUUAGCCAGUCUGUGUCUCUGCGGGUGGAAAAUAGCGGCUCAGCUAUCUAUGGAAACUACACCUCUGGAAGCGAGGUCCCAGGACUUAGCCCAGAAAAGCUCAACAGCCUUCGCAUCACUUGUAUCUCAAAACCUAUCCGUCGCCUCAAAUUGCUACGCGCUUUUGUCGAAAUCUUAGAUGAUUCAGCAAAGAUCCAUGGAGCUCAUACAGUGAAGAAAGGAGUAGUUACACCGAGUGUUGCGCCGUCGAGCCCAACCACAUCAGCAGUAGCAGCCAUGGGAUCACCAAUCGCCUCACCUACCAUGCCUUCCACCUCAGGCGCUACACUAACACCUAUCAAUAUGACGCGCAGUUCAUCUACCGCUUUGAUAGUUUCACUCGAGGAGGCUUUAGGAAAAGAUGCUGCGAUAUCCAAAGAUGGUCAGGCCAGACCGGACUUGUACAAUGUCGACAGCGGCACACACUUUUUGAACCAGGCGCAGGAGCAAAAGACGAUCAGCCAGAGUCUUGCAGAGGCACAUCUUUUGCCACUGGGCAUUCAUUUGCAUUCUUCAGAUGCUACGCUGAGUACCCCACUGGAAAUUCUUGAAGUGGAGGAGCUGGUGACGAUUGAUGAGCGGGCUAUGACACCAGAACCCUCGCAAAUCCAAAAAUCAUCAGUGAACCAGACACCUGCUCCUAUUACGCCAAAGUCGGAUGGGUCCGGUAGCGUCCCAGAUGCAACCCAGGAGCAGUCGCUAAAAGAGAAGGAGACGAAGGAGCCGGCCGAGAAGGAAAAGGAAGGCGACAGGGACCAGGAAAAGGAAAAGGCUCUAACGAAUCCGAAGAAGCCUUUGUUCAGACAGAAGACACCUACCGGCACUUCAGGAAAGAAUGGCAAACUGCGUUCAAAUUCACCAAAACCAGCAAAGACGUCAAAAUUGGUCACAGAGGAGGCGACAGAGAUCUCGUUGUCGUUCGAGGAGGCCGAGAGGAUUGCAGGCAUGCGCAUCUUGCUGGCGGAGGACAAUGUGAUUGCACAGAAGGUGCUGUCGAAGCAGCUGGCAUUGUUUGGUCUCGCUAUAUCCUGCGCAAACGACGGAGCUGAUGCAUUGGCCCUGUUCAAAGCUCAUCCGAGAGGGUACUAUACCAUGGGGUUCUUUGACCACCAUAUGCCCAACUGCGAUGGAGUGCAAGCGACGCAACAGAUUCGUGCGCUGGAAAAGGAACAUGCCGCAGAGGUGAAGGGUCCUGUCCCACGACUGCCACUCGUGGCUGUCUCUGCGGAUAUCCAGGAAACUGCCCGUAAAGCCUGUCUCAACUCUGGUAUGGAGCGGUACGUGACCAAGCCCUUGAUGCAAAAGGAUUUAGUGGCCAUGGUUCGCCAUUACUGUGUGAUUGGUGAUGCUGAGGCUAGCACACUUCCAUAUGUACCCCCACCCGAGGGAACAGAAGUUUCAGCUAGUCUUGGAACAUCGAGUUCGAUGACUGUAACAUCAACCGUUGCGGCCAUGGUCUCUGCAGGGCACGUCUCAGCGCCUAUUGGAGUCAGCUCUGCACUCCAACCGUCCAUGCUCCACUCUGUCACAUCCGUGCCAGCCACCCAGGUCGGAGAGCCGACACUUGCACAGAAACCACCAGCUCCUAAGCGUGAUCUCGAGUUGUCUCCGGCAGCGUUGCGCGGUCUGGCCUUGAUCCGCGAGAAUACCAUGCAGGACGAGAGUUCGAAGGUCGGAGGCGGAGGAAAUAUCAAGUCAACGAACUUGACCCUUCCAACGGUGUCUUACGUGUCCUCUACUGCAGCUGCUGCGUCAUCUAUCGUAGCGCCUUUGCCACAGGUAUCUCGUAGUCUACACCACAGCAACAGCCUUACGGGACUGAACAUUAACCAGAGCUCGUCAUCACAGCUGCUGAGUGGGCCUCUGGGACAUGCGAUUACCAAGACAAACUCGUCCUCGUCAUUGUCAACAACCUACCAUUCCGGGACUAUUUCGUCCCCGAUUAUGUUCCCCUCAAUGUCCACGCCCACUGUCACGUCGGUUCCGGUAUCAAACGUUGCGGCAGCGACCACGGCACCUACGGCAAUGACGAUGACGAUGAUGGCAGGGAAUGGAUCGAAUCCGUCUUCGCUGCCGCACGUACCGGGCCCGAUUACUCCGGUGGCUGCAAUGGCUGCGGGGACAGCAACGGAGGCGAUGGCUGUGGCAUCUGCGGCGGCGAAUACAGUGAGCUCCACGAUCCAUGAGUCCCAGCCGUCGAUUUAUGCGGCACAGGGAACUGUAGUUUUGAGUGGAGGAAGUAUGUGUACGCCCUGGCCAAAUCUGUUAAACGGCGGAUCGAUUGAUCCGCACGCGCAGUCAUCGUUGUUGCAAAGGCAGCAGCAGAUACAGAUGUUGAUGGAGCAGCAGCAAUUUCAUAUUGGGCAGACACUACUACUGCAACAGCAACAGCAGCAGCAGCAGGCGUUGGGACUGAUGCAGGUACUGCAGGAGACGUUACCGGCGAAUGGGCCAGGAACGGCGGCAGCACAGCAGCAGCAGCAGCAGCAUGCUUAUCAUCCGCCGCAGGAGGUGUUUGUGCCGUACUUGCACCCAUGUGAGCCUUCGCCGACGGUUGAACAGGAGCAGGAUUCGAUUUUGAGUAGCCAGGUGUUAGCGACUUUGCCGGUGACUACGAGUGCGAGUGCGAGUGCGAGCGUAACAGCGACAGCGACAGCGAAUGGAUCAAUAGGAGAAGGAGGAGGAGGAGGAGGAGGAGGAGCUGUAGCACCGGGAUCGACGCUAAAUUCAGCGUUGGCGGCGAUGAAUAGUCCACCGUUGGCGCUGCACAGCUGGCUUCUGUAGAUGCAGAAAAAAAUAGCGCUGUAACUAUAAUAAUAAACUAUGCACGCGUUAACGUGAAG